AUGGCUCUUCGGUGGCUUUUGGGCAGUCUUGCUGCUGGUUUGUUUGUCUUUUCGGCUGAGGCGAAAAUUCACGGUUCAAGCACUGAAGCUCGUGGUCUUCACCGUCUUUCAAGGCGUGCUGAUGAUGGACCACGUGCCGUCAACAUCUCAGUGCCUGUCGAUCAUUUCCACAAUGACACCCUCUACGAGCCUCACUCUGAUGAAAAGUUUCCUCUGAGAUACUGGUUCGACGCUCAGUACUACAAGGAAGGCGGCCCCGUCAUCAUCCUCGCGUCCGGUGAGACAAGCGGUGAGGAUAGGCUGCCUUUUCUGGACCAUGGCAUUCUCAAGAUGUUGGCCGAAGCGACGAAUGGUAUUGGAGUUAUUCUCGAGCAUCGAUACUACGGCACCAGCUUCCCUGUUCCUGAUCUCAAGACAAAGAAUCUGCGCUUUCUUUCGACGGAGCAGGCUCUCGCCGACACGGCGUAUUUUGCCGAGAAUGUCAAGUUCCCUGGACUCGAGGAGCGAAACCUGACGGCAGCUUCGACACCGUAUAUCAUCUACGGAGGAUCCUACGCAGGCGCUUUCGCCGCUUUCGCGAGAAAGAUUUACCCCGACAUUUUCUGGGGCGGCAUUUCCUCAUCCGGCGUCACCGAAGCCAUCACCAACUACUGGGAGUACUUUGAGGCAGCCCGACUCUUUGCGCCUGGCGACUGUGCCAGCACGACACAGAAGCUGACUCAAAUUGUCGACAAGAUCCUUCUCGGAAAGAACAAGGAGGAUAAGAAGAAGCUCAAGAUUGCAUUUGGUCUCCAGGAGCUCAAAGAUGAUGACUUUGCCAUGGCCAUCAGUCGUGGUAUUGGUGGUUUGCAGUCCAACAACUGGGAUCCCGAGGAGGAUGCGCCUGACUUUGGAAUCUACUGUGGAAGUGUUUCUUCAGACAGUCUUCUCUAUGCCAGCACCAGGCAUCUCAUUCCUACUGUUCAGAAGUGGGUUUCGGGAUGCGGGUAUCAAGCCGAGGCCAAAACUCUCACCAUCCGCUUCCUCAACUACAUCGGGUACAUCAGAUCAACCGUCAACGCGGAUCUUCAAGGUGGAUGCCAGGGCAAGACUGUCAACGAGUGCUACUCGAUCCGAGGCUCUAUCAACGAGACGGGCCUAGACCAGGGAAUGAUGCGGAGCUGGACCUACCAGACAUGCACUCAAUGGGGGUACUUCCAGACAGGAUCAGGCACACCCAAGGACCAGCUGCCCCUCGUCUCUCGCCUCAUUGACCUCGAAUAUACCACCAUUCCCUGCCGUGAAGCCUUCAACAUCACAACCCCACCAAACAUCGACUCCAUCAAUAAGCUCGGUGGUGUCAACUUUAGCUUCCCCCGCGUCGCCUUCAUCGAUGGAGAAGCAGACCCCUGGCGAGCCGCCACUCCCCACCGCAUUGGAGUUCCCGAGCGGGAAUCGACAAUCAGCGAGCCUUUUAUUCUCAUUGAGCAUGGUGUUCAUCAUUGGGAUGAGAAUGGACUUGACCCCAAGAGCGAGGCUUUUGACUUGCCUCCUCCGGCUGUUGCAAAGGCUCAGAAGGAGAUUGUUGAUUUUACAAAGGCUUGGUUGGAGGAGUGGGCUGCUGAGAAGAAGGCUGGGAAUGAUCUCUAGGAGGAUCGGAACUCGGUUUUUGAUUGAUAGAUGAGUCUGCUAGACUAACGAAUCAUGCCACUACUGCCACAAAGGCACGUUUUCUGCCAUUUCAAAGGUUCUCUCGCCUUGUGUUUCACUCGGAGCUAUCAUAUGGCUUCACGCCCGCCAGCUUCAGCAGUUGAUCCGUCAACUCGGGCUUCUCCCGCGGCUCGCUCCUCCUCGUGUCCGGCGUCCCAUCCGGAAGCUUGGGCUUGCUCGCCCGGAUGUUGAUAUUAUCAUGGGGCCAAUGCGUAGUUGCCAACCACUUGUCAAACGCCUCCUUCUUCUUCUCCAACGUCUCCGCGCUGGCGAGAUACGCAGGCGUGUACGAGACAUAGGAAAUAGUCCUGAUGGUGUUUCCCUCUGAGGUAGGCUCAGCACCCCAGUGAAUCAGUCUCGAGUCCCAGAUUAUGAGAUCACCUGGUUCGGCAGUGACUUUGUGAGGUCUGUAACCUUGAUCUUCAAACCAAGCAAUGUGGUCCUCGGUAAAGGUGUAGAAGUCCUUACGCCUCCAAUCCGCCUUGGAGGUGUAGUUGGCAAAGAAAUCCUCAACUACCUUGUGAGUCCCGGGGUAAACGGAAAGACCGCCAUCUUCAGGGCCAGACUUGGAGAAGCAGGCAAUGCCCUGAACACAUUGAAGGCCCUGCCGGAAGGGAGAUUGAUCAACGUGAGCCUGUGGCUGUCGUGGGACAUGUCCAGGUCUCCUCGGCAGCGUGAUAUUCAACGCAUCAAAGGAAACCAGCAACUCACGCGUACCCCAAAUCUUCUCAAAGACGUCAAUAAUACCUGGUUCAAGUCUGAUAUCCCACAUGAAUUUCUCAUGGACAACGCCAUAGUGAGUGAAAGCGUUGAAGUUGGAAAUGUUUGGGAGAUUGUCAGCAGUCCAGGUUGACCUGUCGGAGAGGUCGAGGGCAUCGUUGCCAAAGGACUUGAGCCAGUCAAAGGCGGCUCGUUGGUAGGCGAGGGCUUUUUCUUUGGGGAUGACGUUGGGGACGACGGCGUAGCCGUUGUCGAGAUAAUGCUGAUACCAAUCUGUCAUGAUG